CAUUUUUAACAGGGGAAAACAAACAGAUUCCAAAAACAUCAAUACUGUAAAUACUAAUAUAGACUGGUGAAAUGGAUUUGAAAGCUGAGCAUUUGUUAUUAGGUGCUGCAGAUGACUAUUUAAAGACUAUGACUAUUUUAGCAUCCCAACAGUACCUUUUAAAAUAUUUUGUAUUUCUUAUUACUAUGAUUAUUUGAUUAACAACUGCCUCCUCAGUAUAUUUCCAAGUGUCUCAGCGAACCCUCAUCAGUUGGUUGGAGCAGACAAAGAUGAGCUCCCUGCAGGAGGUGAACCCCGUGGUGCUCGGGAUCAGAACCCCAACGAGUCUGCAGAGUCUGGCUGCACUCAUCACAGAGCAGAUCUCACAGUUUUCUUCUCAGGGUGUGAAUAAACCUUUCAAGAGGGUGACUGAUGUCAGCUCAGGUGAUCCUCACAGAGCAGGGAUGAGACCCAUCUCAUUUGUUCGCCAGGUCUUGGCAGUGUGCUUAUACCCUGAGCUCCUCAAAGAAGAAAGCCUUCAUCUAGAUGUCAGGCAGAGAGCGCAGAGGCUUCUGGAUACCUGUAAUGGAGGAAGCGUGGGCUCAUACUCUGUAGCUGCCUGUGGCAUACCACAAGUCCUGAAAGCCGUUGCUGAGUUUAUCACGAGGAGAGAUGGUGGUGUGUGUUCACGUUCUGAAGACAUCAUCUUCUCCAGUGGCUCACAGAUGACUUUGACGCUUUUUUUCCACCUGCUGGCCAGUGGGGAGGGGGAGGCUCAGACAGGGGUGUUGACCCCCAUGCCCUGCCCACACACACUGCCCAUUCUGCUGGAUGUGACCGGGAUAGCUCUGGUGCCCUACCGGCUGGUGGAGGAGCGAGGUUGGGCUGUAGACCUGGACGAGCUGCACCGAGCUGUGACUACUGCUAGGGGGCGCUGCCAGCCCAGAGCAAUUUACAUCAGCAACCCAGGAAACCCCACAGGUCAUGUGCAGGACAGGGAGACUAUAGAGAAAGUGAUUCGAUUUGCUGCCACUGAGCACCUCAUCUUGUUGGUUGAAGAGGUGUACCAGGACAGUGUUUAUGGACAGGACAAAGAGUUCAUGUCCUAUAAGAAGGUCCUGUUUGAAAUGGGUAAAAGAUACUCAGAGACAGUGGAGUUGGUCUCCUUCCACUCCAUAUUGACAGCCUGCCUGGGAGAGUGUGGUCUGAGAGGAGGAUACAUGGAGGUCGUUAACAUGGACCCAGCAGUGAAAAAGUACUUAAGCAACAUGCAUGGCUUUUCCAGCCCACCUGUUUUACCACAGCUGGCCCUGGAGCUCAUGGUCAAUCCACCCACCUCUGGAGAUUCUUCCUAUAACACAUACACAAAGAAGAUUCUUCACAUUAAGGACACACUUUCCCAGAAUGCUCAGCAGGCAUGUGAGUUCCUGAAUGGCUUACCAGGGAUGAGCUGCCAGCCAGCCAUGGGAGGAGUCUUCCUUUACCCUCGUCUGCAUUUAACUCCUCCAGUCAUCAAAGAAGCCAAGAUGCUAGGAGUGGAGGCAGAUGUGCUUUACUGCCAGAAGUUACUGGAAGAGGAAGGUGUUUGUUUGGGAGCGGGCUGUGAGAACAGACAAGAAGAUACAAACUUUCACAUCAGGUUGUGUGUUUUGGCUGCUCCUGUCACUCUGGAGGAGGUCUUGGCUCGCCUUCGUUCUUUCCACCUGCGCCUGCUGGACACAUUUCCCUUGUAGAAUCAAGGACACACAGUUAGGGGAAAAUAUCUUCUCUGUCAGUAACAUUGCUCUUCACCCUGGUCCUUUAAAAUUAUCAUUAUUAAACCUUUGACAGCAUAAUGUAGUCACACAAACCUAAUUGUAAUCCUGUAUAAAAACUUGUGAACGUCACAAACACUUCUCACUUUCUCUUCAAAAAAAAGUUUAGUGUAGGUGCUCUAAUUUCUGAUUGCUCCUAUAUUGACUAUAUUUUGCACUCAUUCUCAGGAACAGCAGUUUGAUUAUGGUUGAUCUCUAUCUAUCUAUCUAUCUAUCUAUCUAUCUAUCUAUCUAUCUAUCUAUCUAUCUAUCUAUCU